GUCGAACGGAUAGAAGGACCAGAUGGGUCAUGUGAACUGGAUCCCGAAGGUGUAUGGAAUUGUUUUUGUCGCGUUCUGGAUGGCGUGAUGCAAAAUGUCGGAGUUGGUCCGGAGAAUAUCGCUUGUCUGGGCAUAUCGGUCCAACGCAACAGCCUAAUGUUGUGGGAAAGAGAAACUGGAAAGCCCCGAUCACGUGUGAUCAGUUGGCAAGACUUACGCGCCACGGAAUUGACUAAGAAAUGGAACAAGUCAUUCAUCAUGCGAAGUCUGAAGGCUGGUGGUCAUGUGCUUUAUUGGAUAAGUCGUUUCGCCCGAUUCAAGGCACUAGCCUCCUAUCGUUGUCGGACUACUUUGGCUUGUAUACGGCUAAAACACUUUCUAGAUGAUCGACCGUCGCUUGUGGAAGAGUGUCGCCGAGGUCGGAUUUGCUAUGGCUGUUUGGAGACCUGGUUCCUCUGGCGGCUAACAAACGCAAAGGUGUUCGCGACGGAUAUCAGUUGCGCCAGUGUGUCCGGGAUGUACGAUCCAUUCACAGUAAGUGUAACUAUCGUUGAUUGA